AUGGACUCGGCCUCUACCACAGAAAGUAACAAUCAACUCAAGUCAAGAAGUCAACACGAACCUGCAGAUGUUGAAGAAUUGCACAGCUUCCCCAAGCUACCAGUAGAGCUCCAACAAGAAGGGGACGUAUUUGGCAAUGUCAUAUCGGGGUUGCGAACGCAGUUCUCUUUCGACUUUGACUUUGAGACAGACACCAUUUCAUUCACGGAUUGGAAGCAUUUCGAGCACUUCACAAGGCAUUACGAGCUUUUCAGCAGUGGCGAACUCAGGCCCACGCGAUCCUCAGCCGUCAAAUCUAUCACGCUUGAACACAUCGGGAUCCAGGAACUUGACAUUAAAGACAUCACCUAUUACGCCGGAAAACCUUCCGAUAGACGAUGGCAUACAAAGAUCUGGGAGAUCCUGGACUGGAGCUGGGGCGCUUACAUCCCUUCCCUCUUCUACGAGUUCCCGGAUCUCGAAGAACUGAUCCUCAUCGAUUUCAAGGUUAAACCUGCAGGAAAAUGGGCGGUGUAUGAUAGACCUCACUUGGAUGACAUGCCUAGGAUCAGCAGAGAAUGGGUGCCAGCGACUAAGGAGGAUAGUGUCAGGAUGUUUGUUGAGACGUUUGAGCACGCUUUGAAGUGGCAGGCUCCUGAGUCCGUACUGGGGAGAUCAACACCUCCUGCUGUACAAGCUAUGUCAAAAUGGUGGCAGGAUCCGAGAGUCACGCGUAUGGCAAGGGGAGAGUUCCAGCGUCGCUUUUACUGA